ACUUCCAUCAUCGGGCGUCUGAACCCAGGCAAGCUUCAUGGGGCCUCACCCCAGUUUCCUUGGAGACCGUUCAUGACUGCAGCAGCAGACUCCAUUUCCACGCCUAAUUUGCUGCUGCAUCUCCACAUUUCUGCCGACCUGAGAGCCCAUUAAAGAAAGUAGAAACUGCGAGGAAAUGGUCUCUUAAGAGACCCUCUGCUGCCACUUUCUUGGCAGAAACGAAUGCUUUUCGACUCCAGUUUGAUCCACCGCCUUUUCAUUGCAAGUUCUUCGACUGGGGAGAACAUCUGUCGACCCUCGUCGAUUCUUUCACGUAAGAGAUGGAUAACAUGCAGCCGCUGUGCCUCGUCUUCUUCUUCCUCUGCUCCACCCUGUUGCUGCAGUGGUCGCAGGGAUGUCACCCCCACGACCGUUCGGCCCUUCUCACCUUCAAGGCCGGCAUCACCGCCGACCCCUCCGGCCUCCUCCGCUCCUGGGACUCGGCCACGGACUGUUGCUCCGCGUGGGACGGCGUGGCCUGCGACGCUGCCACUGGCCGCGUCGUCAACGUCUCCCGCCCUGGCCUCUCCUCCGGGCCCGACUUCAUCUCCGACGCCUCCAUUGCCGGGAGUCUCUCGCCUGCCCUCGGCGACCUCUUCUCCCUCCGGUUGCUCGAUCUCAGCAACCUCAAGCAGCUCGCCGGCCCCAUUCCACCCGCCCUCGGCCGCCUCUCCCGCCUUGAACACCUCCUCCUCGACUCCAACCAACUCACCGGCUGCAUCCCCUCCGCCUUCGCAAACCUCACCCGACUCCGGAAGCUCUCCCUCGGCAACAACCGCCUCUCCGGAUCGCUUCCCCCUUCCAUGUUCACCUCUCCAUUUCUUUCCGUGGUCUCUCUUUCCAACAACAGGCUAACCGGCGGCAUCCCGGCACCCAUCGGGCGGGUACCUGCAAUGGAGGCACUAGACCUCCAUGGCAACCACCUCACCGGCUCCAUCCCCAUGGAGAUCGGAUUGCUGCGAAGGCUCACUGUUCUUGAUCUUUCAGAGAACAAGAUCUCCGGCGGCAUCCCCAGCUCCAUAGGCAAGCUCGAAAACCUGGUGGUUCUCUACUUGAACCAGAACCGCAUCACGGGAAGCAUUCCGCCUUCCAUCGCCGGUAUGGUCUCGCUGCAGUUCUGUAGGAUGUCGGAGAACCAGCUCACCGGGAGCAUCCCGGAUUCGAUCGGCGGCCUACCUAGCAUCGAGAGACUGAUACUGGAGAACAACAAGCUCACCGGUCAGCUGCCCGCCGCUAUAGGACGCCUCGCCACGCUCACGGACAUCUUCUUCUCCAACAACCGAUUUACCGGCAGGAUCCCUUCCAGCUUCGCCAACCUGGCCAAUCUGCAGACGUUAGACCUGUCGCGGAACCGCCUCUGUGGUCCAAUCCCCGCCGAGCUCUCCCGGCUGCGGAACCUCCAAGAGCUGGAUCUCUCCUUCAACUCCCUGAUGCACUUGGGCAGGCCGCCGAGCUGGCUCGGCCAGAUGAACAUAUUCAAGCUUGUCCUGGCGGACACAGGGAUCUCUGGUCCGCUGUCUGACUGGCUGUCGUCGGCGUCGUCCAUCUCGAUCCUCGACCUUUCCAGUAACGGACUGGUGGGGGAUCUCCCGCAGUGGAUCGGCAACAUGACCGGGCUCUCGUUGCUCAACCUCUCCAACAACGCUCUGCAUUCGGGGAUCCCGGAGGGGUUCAAGAACCUGACGCUGCUGAUGGACCUGGACCUGCACGCCAACGAGCUGUACGGCCGUCUGCGGCCAGUGAUGGCGAAGGGGACGCAGGACCCCUUGGGGCACUACCGGACGCUGGAUCUGUCGCGCAACCGGUUCACCGGGGGGCUUGACGAGGACGUGGGGGAGCUGGCCGCGAUGGACACAGUAGAGAGGCUAGUGGUGUCGCACAACCCAGAGCUUGGCGGCGGGAUACCGGCGUCCAUGUCGAGGCUGGCGGCGCUGAAGGAGGUGGGGAUGGCGGGGAACGGGCUCUCCGGGAGCAUACCUGAGGGCGUGCUGGACCUCGCGCGACUGACAGAGUUCGAUGUGUCAGAUAACAGGCUCAGCGGUCGGAUACCGCGCCAUCGGGCUCCCUUGACGGCGGAGGGCUUCAGAGGAAACACGGGGCUCUGCGGCGCGCCUCUCCCGCCAUGCAAGCUGUAGUAACGAGCCAAAGUACACAGGAAGGAGUCUCAGAUUUAAUUUUCCGAUGUCAAUGUGACGGAGAACAAAACAAAAAUUUCUUGUUUGACAAUUCAUGGAAACGUAAGAACGGCUUGCUCUUUUUUCUUUUU